AACAGGUUCAAGGUGUUCAACAAGUCCGACUGUCACGCUGAAGAAUCAAAAUGGCGAAAUAAACGAUGCAAAUGGAUGGGAGACUAAUGCAUAUCGACGACAAGUUGAAAAUCUUCACGACGAAUUGGCAAAGGCCCAGCAAACCAUUGAAACACUUCAAGAGAGAGAAAAAAAGAUGAAGGAGAGGCUUGCUGAACAAGCACAGAAGAUGUUGGAGCGAGGCAUGCGUUUUGAGAACGUUUCUCUUGGUGAGAAACGUCCAACAGCGCUGAUCCGUCGCUAUGGAAAUCUUUAUGCCCAAGCACGAGUCGAUACUCUAGAUGCAUUGGACAGUCUUCCAGAACUUAGACAUGCAGAUGAAUUAAAAUCCAAGCUGUUAUUCUCCGUUGUUGUCCUGGCUUUUCGGUCUAUACAGAACACAAUUACAGAUAUCAAAUCAAAUGUUCGACGAAUACUCCAGAUGUCAGAACCCAUUUGUGAAAGAGAAAUGAUAACAGAUCCUACAGCUCGAGAUUUAGAAAUGAGUGUUGCUUGUUACUUACGUACUACAGUGGAUAGAUUCGAAAUACGAAAAAAUAUCGAGGAGGUGUGUACUCAAAUUUGGGCAACAUUAUACGAUUAUCCAUGCCUGAAAAAAUGCGACGGACUAAUCCAAUACGUAAAGGAUUGUGUCCGAUUGGCUUGGGGUUUGUGUAAUCAGACUCCACCCUUUUUUAUCGAGUACGAAGCACGAAUAUUUCGACGUGACAUGCACGUUCGUUUUCACACGUCAAACCAAGAAUCAGAACACAUUAAAACAUAUCUUUGGCCCGCUUUAUUAGAAGGAAAGAACGGUCCUUGCGUUCAUAAAGGGGUUGUAAUUACGUGAGAAGAUAAUUAUUAUCUACGUUCUUUUCUAUUCUCUUCAUAUAGUAAAACGUAUUUGUAUCUAUUAACUUAGUCAAUGUCGAAGUGUACUUAAAUUAGUGAAGGCACGGAUCGAAUUUAUAUACGAUUUGUCAUAAAUAUUAAGAGAUCAAUUUAAAAAAAAAAAAUGGAAAAC